AUGCUUGCAACUCAAAAUCGUCAGAAAACUUAUGCAGAUGUCAGAAAAAAAUGGUUAGAAUUUCAAGAAGGAGAUCACAUAUUUCUUAAGGUUAUGCCUAUGACGGGAGUCAGACGAGCCAUGAAACUAAAGAAGUUAAGCCCUCAAUUCAUUGGUCCUUUCCAAAUUUUAAAACAAAUUGGGCCAGUUGCAUAUCAACUCGCUCUACCCUCACAUCUGUCAAAUCUUCACAAUGUAUUUCAUGUAUCUCAACUUAGAAAAUAUCACCCUGACCCUACACAUUCCUUUGAACCUGAAUCUAUACGGUUAAAGGAAGAUCUAACCUUCCAUGUAUCUCCAACACGGAUUGUAGAUAAGGGAAGUAAGCAACUUCGCAACAAAAUUGUAAAGCUGGUAAAGGUAGCAUGGGGAAAAGAGGGUACUGAAGGUUUCACAUGGGAAUUGGAGUCUGACAUAAAGAGAGAAUAUCCUAAAUUAUUCUCAGAUUGUGGAAAACUUACACAACUCAUCAAAUUUAGCGAUAUAUUCUAA